AAUUUUGUUUGAAGGGAGAAGCUAAACUCCAUGAAUCUCCUCCUGUACAUGGCUCCCAUUGCUGUUGUGUUCCUUCUUUCUGCUACACUCAUCAUGGAGAAGAACGUUGUUGGCAUUACAAUCGCACUUGCCAGAGACGAUUUUAGAAUCGUUUGGUAUCUGCUUUUCAAUUCUGCUCUCGCUUAUUUCGUGAACUUGACCAAUUUCUUAGUCACUAAACACACAAGCGCUCUGACUCUGCAGGUGCUAGGAAACGCCAAAGGUGCAGUAGCAGUGGUGGUUUCGAUUCUGAUAUUCAAGAAUCCUGUCUCAGUGACUGGAAUGUUGGGCUACUCGCUCACGGUCUGCGGAGUUAUCCUUUACAGUGAAGCCAAGAAGCGAAGCAAAUGACAACAGAACCUUCGUUUUAUUUGUUAGGCCCCUCAGGUAAACAACACAAGACAAUUUUCCUUUGCUGUGAACAAAGAACCCUUACACAGCAUCUUUGGUCCAUUUAACAACACCAAAGGAUCAGAGUACCUAAAGCAAUCAUUUACAGGACUUCUCAAAUAAGUUUUUUUUUUCUUCUUUGUUAUUUUUUUUGUUUACUGAUCUUCUACAGCUUUUGUCGUAGGUUGUUGUUCCUAAGAGUAACUUCGUUUUAGUCUUUUUUGUCAGAUUCUUUACAUCUAGUUUUGUAAUAUUAACAUUGAUUAAUUAAUGGAAAAGACAGGCCUUUUCUUUCA